AUGGAGGAAUUAAACAAAGGAAAUUCAUUGUUUGUUGAUGAGAACUACGAAGAUGCUUUGACUCACUACAAUAAAGCAUGUACUGAGUUGCCCAAUUCAUUUGAGGCAUUCUUCAGACGUUCUCAAUGUCAUCAAAAGUUAGACUCGAUCAAUGAUGCACUUCAAGAUAUCAACAACUGUAUUAAAUUAGAACCAAACAACCCAAAGAGUUAUUUAAAGAAAGGUCAAUAUUGUUUCGAAUUGGAAGAGUAUGAUACAGCUUUGAGUGUAUUUGAAAAAGGUUUGGCAUUGGAACCAGAGAAUUCUCAAUUAAAGACAUGGGUUAGAAAGACAAAGGCAGAGUUGGAACAAAGCCAACCAGCACCAGUACCAACUCCAACACCAGCUGCACCAGUUGCUGCUAAACCAACUACCACUACUACUGCUACACCAGCAGCUGCAACAACCAUCACACCAACACCAACAACCACUACACCAGCAGCACCAGCUAAACCACAAUUACCAGUACCAUCAUCAGGUACCAAGGUUAGACAUGAAUGGUAUCAAACUGGAACACACGUAACCUUGACAAUCUUUGCCAAGUUUGUAACAAAAGAAAACUCUAAUAUUGAGAUUAAAGAUAAAUCUAUUAAUAUUUCAUUUGCAAUGGCAACAGGUAGUGAAUACAGUUUUGAUAUCGAUUUCUUUGACCCAGUUGUUCCAGCAGAGAGCACAACUAAAUUCUAUAGUACAAAGGUUGAGAUCGUUUUAAAGAAAUCAAGAGCUAUCAGAUGGGAUAAUCUCGAGUUCACCGGUAAGGAGGGACCAGUUGGAACUAUCGAUACACCAGCACCAAAACCAUUGGUAUCACCAUACCAAACCAACAAGAAUUGGGACAAGAUUGAUGCCGGUGAAGACAAAGAGGGUGAUCCAUUGAAUCGUGUAUUCCAAGAUAUUUUCUCAAAGGGAUCGGAAGAGCAACAACGUGCAAUGAUGAAAUCAUUCGUUGAGUCUGGAGGUACUGUUCUCUCGACCAACUGGGAGGACGUAGCAAAGAAGACUGUAAAGGGUGCACCACCAAAGGGUAUGGAAGUUAGAUCGUGGGCCGACGGUGAGAAAGUUGUCACCGAUAAAAAGAAAAAGAAAGAGUGGGAAGAUGACUCUGAUUCUGAUUCCGAUUAA